AUUAGGUAACCUUUAUCUAAUCACUGCCUAAGAAUAACUCAUAAAAGUAAGUUGUAUGUUAAAAUAUUAUUUUAAAUAUCUUUCAUAAUACUCGACUAGCUUUCAUUUGUAAAUUGCAAAUUACGACUUAAAAUGUUGAAAUAAAAUAAUAAAAUGUAAAAUUAAAUUCUGUCGUUUUAUUGAUCCUCCAUUUUUAAAACUUAACUAAGCAAAGUGAAAAGUUUGGAAAUUUAUUAACUAACAAGGUAACACCAGCAGGCUAAUUCACUAUCUUCGACUUAUGCUAGUUGACAUUAACGAAACUGAGAUUUUAUGCAACAAAUGUCAUCCGGUGCCUUGUGGUGGAUAUCAUGCAGUAGGUAGAUGACAUUUCUCAAUUGAUAAACAUCAAGUUUAUUUUAAUAGGUUGAUAAUAAAGACUAAAUAAGUGAAUAAUCCAGCUGAUCGUACCGCCAAGCGAUUUAGCGUUCCGGUACGAUGCCGUGUAGAAACCGAAAGGGGUGUGGAUUUUCAUCCUCCUCCUAACAAGUUAGCCCGCUUAGAAUUACCAGACUUAGACUGCAUCAUCUCUUACCAUCAGGUGAGAUUGUAAUCAAGGGCUAACUUGUAGUCAAGGGCUUAAGAAUAAAAAAAAACUGAUGUUGCGUGACAAUGCAGACUAAGAUGAAAGCGGGCUUAUUUGGAAGAGAUCAAAGUUUAUUCUACUCAUAUCUUUGAUGGUUUCUAAGCGACAGUAUACCAGAAUGCUAAAUCGCUUGGCUGUACGCCUUAGCCAUUUGGGUGGUUAUUAGCCAAAGCCAAAUCCAAAUCACUAAGCCCGACCUGAGCCAAUUUGGAAAAAAAUGUAUCCUACAUUGUUCGAGUAUAUAAUAUUUUUAGCAGACUCAGAAGUGGAUUACAAAAAUAAGAAAACCAAUGUCGAACAAAGUCACAACAUUUGUCAGGACAACUUUAUUAACAAACUGUAGCCAAAAUAAUCUUGAGUUGUCUCACGCACUUGUGAACGUUGUGUGUAGGGUUAAGGGCGCCCUUCACAGAUCGGUACCCCUUUCUUCACUCUUUACGGAAACAAGUCGCCACCUGACGUCAUAUGCGUCUCAGACUGCUAUUUCCUACGAUAUAUGUACGAGUAAUAUGUAAGUAAGACAACUGGUGACAACAGCACAUGUACUACUCUUUAUGAACGCAAGCCUCGAGCAGAACUUGACUAUACUGAUAAAGGCGAUGACGACUGGUUGACAAAUUUGACAGUCUUUGAAGAUCCAAGAUUUCAGUAUGAUGGGUCUGUCCCCACAUUUUGGAUCACCAACCAUCUUGGGAGCUUUCAAUACAAAUGCCAUAGUUUAUGAUAAUUCACCAUGGAGACCUGGAAGAGAAAUCGACGUGGAACAACGAUCAGCUGAAGAUGAGAGGAAAAUAAAAAAUUUAGCCACAAGAAUAAUGUCUAACGGCGUUGAGGUUUUAGUUAAAGAUAAGAGUGCUGAAGGAAAACAGGAGCAGCGAAAACGUAAGUUUAUGCACUUAUCUCCACUGAAACCAACAAACAAUGGGAUUAGCUCGACGCCACCAUUUAAGUCGUUACUGUCAUCAGCCGUCGCCACUGUGGUCAAUCGGCAAGAACUGAGUGCAUUCUUUCCUCUUCAUCAUCUCAUGCAGCAUAAUUACAUCAUCAAGACGUGUAUGACUACUUACACGUACUUAACGACAGUAGUCCAAAACAAAAGGAGUGCUGUAUCGACAUUUGAAACUAUAGUUUCAGUCGUUACUACAGAGUCACUUACGAAUCUUUAUGCCACUGACGUUUUAGCUGAUAUAAAGCCUACAAAAACAAAGUACAUGGAAGUAAAAACCAUUAAACCUUCAGCUUCUAAUAUGUAUAUAAAUAAUAUUCCUAAGUUAGACAAGAGAAUAGACAAUGAAGAACACAACUUUGACUUAAUACAACCAUCUGAAAUAAGUCAAGCUCCAUGCACAACUUCGUGUACUUGCAGUCAUACAAAGACGGAAACUUUAAAAACUAAGUACUCAAAUGUGAAGCAAUCCUUAAGUCCAACAACAGAGAAGUAUCAUACAAAAAAUACUAAAUAUAGUGGUACAAAACUUGAUGUACGACCAACACAUAAAGAAAUUCUUAACAAUACGCAAUAUCGUCCCUAUGAAUAUGAAACUGGUACACAAGCGGUUCUCUCGGAUAAAAUAGUAGAAAAAUAUACUCAAGUUACUGAUUAUUUAGAUGAUAAAGAUACGAAUUUAGUCGAAGCAAGCGAUCUUUUAACUAAUGAGCAAGCACCUCCUCUAAAAACUAACAAAGUUCUUGCAAAUAAAACAUCUGAAAAUGUUAAACCAGAGAGACCAACAAAAGUAAACAAAAAUAAAUUUGUUAUGGCAGAACUCAUAAAGUUAGGUUCCUUGGGGAUUAAAGGAUUAUCACAAUUAGCACCAGUUAUUGAAAAAAUGACUGGAGGUUUUAUGAAAAGACAGGAACCAAAUAAAACUACGACAACUACAACAACGACCACAGUUAAGCCUUUAGCCAAAAUAACUUCAUACAAUGCAAAUAAAAGGAUUGAUGAUGAUGUAGAAUCAAAACAUGGCAACUUUCCAAUUUAUAUUCCAGUUGACGAUAUGGAGACUUCUGAAACGAAUGUAUUUACAAAUGCUACAUUACAACAAAAUUUCGCAUGGGCGGCUGAACAUAUGAAUUUAAAAAGCCACUUUGUAAGGCCUAAAAUAGUUCAUGAAAGUCCGUUAGUAAAUGGAGGUAUACCAAUAAGUCCCGGUGAAAUUAUAACCGCUAACUCAGAUGUAAUUGUCGGAAAGCCUGCUGUGGGAGGACCUUUGACGUUAGCUGCUAGUGGCAUAAAAUUGCAUAAUCCUGUUCAUCCACCACCCAUUGAUAAUUUCGUUGCAAAUAAUGAACAAUAUGUGACAAAAGAAAAACCACCUAUUCGUCAAAACGUUAUUGUGACAAAUGUAGAUGACUCAUUUGAUUUAAGACCUCCUGAAUUACCGAAGUUGAAAUCAAAACCAAAUAAAAAUUCACUUCGGCCCCAAGAAAUUUAUUACAGUCCAUCGGAUUCCCGGAUACCAUCGUCUCGCUUACCAACUCUGUCACAUACACAUAAUGAUCCUAAUAAAUUUACAAACUUGAAAAAAAAUAAUGGCCUUGUACUAAACCAUGGCAGACCAGCCUUUUUGGAUUUCAUACCAUCUUUUGUUAAACCGGCAGAUACUAGUCCAAAAGAACAUCAUAAUAAUUAUGAACCAAAUUUAGAAGAUAAAGAAAAUGACAUACCUGAUAAUAAUCCAAGCUCGUCUGAAAUAGUUAACACAAAAAUUAUAACUGAUGAAAAAUAUCAAAUCGUUGAAAGUCCUGGUGACAAUGUUAACCAACCGUUCCUUGUUGACAUACAACCUUCUAAGGUAGCUAAUGUGCUUAUUCCUCAUGGAAGUUCAACAGCACUAGUAUUUGCUGGAUCUUCUGAACCGCAUAAAACAGGGGAUUAUAUCGAUGAUCCUUUACCUUACCCUGAACCAGGAUACUUUGGAAGUUUUAGUAUCGAUGCUCCACAUAUGACAAAUGUUCACAAUGUUGUUCCAAAUAAUAAUGUUUUUAUUGUUAAGCCUAACAAUAAUAAUAAUCAACCUACUGUUGAUAAAUACAAAAGUAAUAUGCCUUCAUAUCAAGAUGUAGUAAUGAAAAAUGAGCACAAAUUCAAAUUGAGUGAUAACAAACGGCCAAAAGAUUUGAAUAAAUUACCUCCACCUACAAGCAAUCAGGAAUCUCAUAUCCAAGUCGGACCUAAAAUAACUGCUUAUAAUCCAGAGCAGUACAAUGCAGGUUUUGGAAAUAACCGUCAACCUGUAGGUAAUAAUAAACAUAAAGAAGAAAAAGAAGUAAUAGACAAAGAGUAUGAAAAUUACCUGGCAGUACCACCACCUCCACCGAAACGACACUUUAAUCACGAAAAUCGCUACGAUAAAAAUAAACCUUUCCAUCACCAUUCAUCAUUACCAAUUACUCAAACGAAGCCGGUACAAGACAGCAAAGUGUAUUUAAAUGUUCAACAUCCAGUAUCAAACCAACUACCUCCAAAAGUGACAUCGGAAAUUUAUUUUGCUUCACAGUUACCAAAUAGUCAGCCAACACCGACAUAUACGUUUAAACUUCCACAAUCACCCGUUGUACAUGCCAAUACUUACUCAAGUUUGCCUAAAGUUAAUAAUCAACAACAUGUAAAAGGCACUUCUAAUUUUAUUUCCAACUCUUACACUUCGUCUAAUACUGUUGAUACAUCUUUGAUUAAUAGUAACCUUAAAGAAAAUACUUAUACGGUGACUUUGAAUACGGCUACUAAUGUAGCAGGUGAUGGGAAAACGGGCCAUGUUUUGGGAUCAAGCAUUACUGUACCAAUUACGACUACUUCUGAUAAUGGGCAAAUAAAUGCAAAUAUACCAAUCGGAACAAACUUUGCAAUUAGAGUAGAAGAUGAUCCUGCAAAAUAUGAAAGUGUUGCGCUACAUGGAAAGAGGCAUCCCUCACUUAAUUACAAUGAACACAUUCAUAUUCCAUUUAAUAAUUUUGAUAGUUUAACUGUUGAAAGUUCACACAAAUCUACAAUUAAUUCAAGCCAAUCAACUGGUAAUAAUAAAAGUAAUUCCAAAGAUAGGUACACAAACAAUGCAGUGUACCCAACAAUAACAUCUUCUAUUAACAGUCAUGCUAACUUCCCUGUAAUGAAUGAAGACUUCAAUUCACAAAAUUCAAACCCUGUUUUCAAUAAUGAGGGUGAUAAACAUAAAGUACCUCUACAACAAAAUAUUUCAACUAACUCUCAUGGGUGGUAUUCCAGUAUACUCAACGAAGAAAACAUCAAAAAUAUUGUUGUAGAAUCGACCACAAGAAAGCAUAUACCUUUAAAUUACGAUGGCAUAAAUGACAGUUUACCAGAAUUUGGAGAAAAAAUCGCUACAGUCGGAAAACCUCCAGCAGAAUUCUGGAACAAAAAUAAUAAGCAACCUAUCAAUAACUUUGGUAUCGGCAAACCAUUCUCGAAACCAAAAGACGACCAGACAUCUAAUGUUUCAGCAUUUACUAUAAAGCCUAAUUACAUUCCAUCUAUGUAUGGUGUACGACAACCAACAUAUGAUAUACCAGUGCGAGAUAAUAGCGAAGAAACAACCACAAGUAAGAUUUUAUCCAAAAAAACAACAAAACCAGUUUACGAAACGGCUGAAGAAAUAUAUGAUGGUCAAGAUGACUUGGAAACUAUUGGAGAAAGUGACGGUGAAGUCAGCUCAGAAUCUAUGAGUGUACCUUAUGUGAGUACAUCUAAAGAGAGUAAAAAUAUUACGAAAGAUUUUUCUGCGGUUACGGUGUCAUAUAAUAUUACUUCGCCAAAAAUAGACCACAAUAAUAAGAAUAAUAAAAUUAUUGGUUUUAAUUCUGGAACUCAAACGGAAAAGCCUUUUACACCCUCUAAUAAGACUAGAUUCCAGUCAAAUAGUAUAAAGCCAGUUUAUGAGAAUAUUAACAUUUACAUGAAACCAAGACCAUUUACAGUUCAUACGGCAAUUCCGCUUGAUCAUCAACUGCAACAGCCACAUUGGCAGAUUAACCAACUAAUGGAAAAUGUAACCAAUAAUAUGUCUUAUGAAGAUAACUUAGAAUUGAAUACAGGUGAAGAAAUUAAUGUGGCAUCUACUGGUAAACCACUAUAUACCAGCUAUACAGAACGUCCUGCAAAAAUAAAUAAAAAUAAAUCUCCUACAAAACAGCGUGAUUCUAUACUUUUAAAUAGAACUAAAUCUGUGAAUGAAUCAAACAUAAUUACAUCUACUGUUCAUAUUAUGGAUAAAAAACCUUUAACUGUAGAGAUUGAUGACAAAUCAACACCAUCAUUCACAAUUUUGCCUCAAACUGAUUUUAAUAUUACAUCAAGUGAAAUUGUAGAUUUAUCUCCUCCACCGCCUAAUAUGGAUCAAAAAUACAAGCCACCAAAAUCAGACGAAAUAAUGGGCAUGAGUCCACCUCCACCAAGAACAUCGGCACCAAGAUAUCCACCGAGGGUAACUCAAACUCCUAGACCUGUUUUACCGAUUAGAACGCCACCUCCUUAUAGAACUUUACCACCAAGAACAUUGCCUCCACGUCAGUCAACAUCAAGACCUAUAAGAAAACCUACUAAUCGAGAUGAGGUGUCAACUUACAGACCCAUAUAUGAAAUCACUAAUAAAAUUAAAAAACCCAACUUUAACUUUGAUCAACCAUCAUCUGUUUUACUGCCGCCUCCAAGGGAGCUUUCAUCACAAGUUAUUUCAUCAGAAUAUGUUCCAAAACCUACUUUAGUAUUUAAUUCCACCACCAAUGUCAUUUUCCCAACUCCUUUGUCGUCUAGCUGGUUGACUUCGUCAAACAUAGGAUUUUCUUCAAGCUUUAACUUUGCUCCAACAUCUGUAUACUUUCCGGAAUCUGUAUCACAAUAUCAAGAUAAGCCCGAUUUGGUAUUUUUGCAAAAUUCUGCAGAAAAUGGUGAUAAUUCUUAUGAGUAUGAAUCAUCCAGCGAGAAUAUUGACAUUAGUUAUGAAAAUCCAGUGACGGAAAAGAAAACACCAAUUUUAAAACCAACGAUCAAAACUUCUACCAAAAAACCUCCUACGAAUGUAACAAAAAUUUCUGCUACCAAUGUGCUGCAAUUCAAUAAUGAUAGUGUUUUAUCUGCGGAUUCUAGUCAAGAAGAUUCUAGUAACGAAAAUGUUAAAGUAAUAACUUUGGGAAAUAAGAACCGCACUCGGAAACCUUAUCCUAUUCGCAAUGAUGACAAAAAAUCAAGUACUAGCAAAUUUAAACUACUAUCCAAAGUGAUACCUCAUAUUAAGCCAUCAAGGAUAAUAUCUCGGCCAGAAGUUUCAUAUCCACCAAGACUCAGUACUAUAAAGAAAAUUGUUCGGCCUUUACCUUCGAGGCCAUUGGAAAUAUUCCCUUCAAGUAUUAUUGAAAGUUCUGAAUCUAUCAUAGAAGAAGAUUUUAUAAGGCCAACUGAAGUUCUUAAGGACAUGGAAAUACCAACUUUAGUACCAGAAAUCACGUCAAUAAUAGAAAAAACAAUUACGUCUACUUUAACAAUUAGCAAAGAUUUAAAUUCCAUCAGGAACCCAACUCAUCAUGCUGGUAAUGAAGUCAAAAUAUCUGAUGAUAUUAUACCAACAAAAACAGAAUUUAAAACCACAGUUAUCACUCUGACAAAGACACUAUCGGAACCACCUCAAACUGUAUCGAGCAUUGGUUACUUUAAUUUAACCCAGACAUUAACUGUCACUCAUACGGAGACAAGUCUAAUGACCCAUUCAGAAGGAGCAGUUACAGAAACUUUAAUUCUUACUAACACACAUACUUCAACGAUAGUUGAUGUAGUAACCGAAAUAUAUACACAAGUACAUCCAACUACAAUUGUAGAAACAGUAACCAAGCAUAUACCUAUACCUCAAGUUGAACCAACACCGGUUGUUACUUCAGCAACCAAUACGAAGAUUGCACUAGAUGACGUAACCAUGUCUUCGGAAGAAAGUGACAACUUCAUUAUAAGAGAUAACGACGUAACUGAGAAUAUACAAAAAAUAGAUGAAGAAAAAGAUAACGAUACAUUCUUUGUUGUAAUGAAUAAGUCACAGAAUGGGGGUAAAGCACCACCUGUUAGCACAGAUAUUGAAACAGGUGACUAUGACGUCACUAGAAACGAACAAGUCAAUAAUAAUGGAGUGUCGCAAGUUUUGUUUGGGGAAAUAUUAUUAGCAGGAACACCUUAUCUAGAAACAAUUAACGUUGGACGUCCGACGGUUACCGGCUACGGAAAAGAAUGCCAACCUGACUGUAAGGCUUCCAGAAACGAGAGGUGUCAAAGAAUUGAUGGUAUCAUGAAAUGCGUGUGCAGACCUGGAUUUGCGAGAAUGUUCCCUGACAGACCCUGCAAACCAACAUACACAUAUUCAGCAAGACUAGCCCUCGGAUCACAAGGAAAUGAAAGACUAACUUUCCAGAAGAAUCUAUUAGAUAAUUCCAGCAAAGAGUAUCACACUCUAGCAGUAGCCACUCAUGAAGGAAUCAACAGAAUGAUCAUGCAAUCAGACUUGAGAGAUGUUUAUCACGGUGUUCAUAUCACUGGUUUCCACCCUGUAGAUAUGAGAACUCCUAAAGGUGAAAUUUAUGAAGGUGUCAUUAACGACUUCUAUGUUCAGCUCUCAGACAAUGCUCACGAAAGCAGGCUCAAAGAGGUCAUAGAGAAAUAUCUGAGGAACAACAACUACAGCCUCGGUGGAACAGAAGUCCACGCGGCGGACCAACUGAUGGACAGAUUAAAUGUUAGCGAUUUCGACGAAUGCAUCAGCACUCAGUUCCACGACUGUUCAGAGCAUGCCAGAUGUUUCAACCUCCGCGGCACUUACACCUGCAGCUGUUUGGAAGGCUUUGCUGAUCUCAGUGUUAACACUUUGUAUCCUGGAAGAAUUUGCUCGUCUGACGCCGUAGGCUGUGCUGGUUGCAACUACCACGGCACGUGCUUCGAGCGCGAGAGUACAAUGAUCUGCGAAUGCUUCAAGUGGUACGCAGGUAGAACGUGCCAGGUUAACCUUAAAGCGGUGCUCAUAACAGUGACGGCCAUUGGCGCGGUGGUUAUCCUUGUGGUCACCAUUUGGGCUACGAAGCGCUGCUGCUGCCAACGUGGUCCGGCCACACAGACUUUUAUGAUCGGCUGCAUGCAGGGAAUGCCAAACUUACACCAGGGUAACCUACCAUCGAAACAGAGGGCAGAUCGACGUGCUCUUAUAGCGGAACGAGCUGAAGCGAUCGAGACGUGCAGCGCGCAAAAUACUUCGCUACCUUAUAUACCGUCCAAGCAAUCUCGUUCCCGCUCCACCUGCAGCAAGAAGUGUGUAAUGUCGGACCCCCCCUCGCACGCUCCACCGCCGCCCCCCGCGCCCGCCCUCAUGAUACCCCGCGCACGGCUGCACCCUGCACACUCUGACAGUCGAGACAAUCUCGCAAGGAAGAAGAGUGCAGAAAUUUGCAGCGAGGCCAAACUCAUCAGUUAUUUGGAGUCAGGGGCUUCCAACGUUACAGAAGAAAUGCGAAGAAAGCACAGCGUCGAGUCUUCAUACAGUGUCAACAAAGAGCGACCCAACAAGCAAGGUGCGCUGGUAUCAGCCGGUUUCAAGGUGUCCACCACAGUGCGUCCCGACGAAAACUCCAUAAAGGAAGACAGAGACGACGCUUCGUCAGUGAACAAGACUGAUUUGGAAGCAGAGAUGUCACGCUUCGACACGCUUCGGAAAUAUAAUAGUCAAGAAGACAUGUCCGAGUGGACGGAUGCGGAGCGACGUAUCGGGGAACUGACACUGUCGGAAGCUCGAUCAGUAGGUGGAACAUUACCAGCCAGUACUGGACGGGCUGCCUCUUCCACACGACUAACACAUCAGGAGGCUCACACAAUGGCUGAGAGGGACCUGGGCUCCACCUUCCUCCUGCCCCACGUGCACCUCUAUAAACCUGACCUUACGAGUGACGUAUCGGAGUUUGAUUCACUGUGAAGACUGCUUUAUAAUUAAAAAAAGAUAAAAUGUCACUCAUUCAAGGAGGCUUUACCUUUCUUAUUUAUUUUGAGUUUAAUUCGACUAAACACGAUCAAAAAGUUACCAAAUUUUUAUGAAAUUACAGUGACAUUUUAGUCUUUAUAGUUAAUUUUUAGUUUUAAGCUUUAAAUAAAAAACAGACGAUUUACAUGCAAAAAGAGAUGGAUGAACAUUUGAAACAAAUCUUCAAAGAAAUUAUUAUAAAUAUUAUUAAAUUUAUGAUUAAAAUAAAUAUUAAUAAUAAACAUAUUAAUUAGUAACUUUUUAUUGGUGCUUAGUUUUUUAAAGUAUUUUUUUAAAACUAUUAACAAAAAGUAUUUGGGCACAGCUAUAUAUUACAGGUAGUUUCGAAAGUUGCUAUUGUGAUUUGUAAAGUCAGUUGACUAAAAAAAACUUGUUAAACUUUGCUGUUUGCAAAGUAUAUAAGUAGUAAGUAAUAUUGCAAAAUAAGACAAAAUAAUGUAAUAAUACAAAAUGUUGUAUUUAAUUCAAAUUAAUUUAUAUCAGGUAUAGUAUAGAAUUAUUUUAAAAAUUUAUAUAUCACGUGUUUCAAACGAUAAAGGAAAAACAUCGUGAGGAAACCUUGCAUACCAGAGAAAUUUCUUAAUUCUCUGCGUGUGUGUAGUCUGCCAAUCCGCAUUGGGCUGCGUGGUGGACUAUUGGCCUAACCCCUCUCAUUCUGAAAGGAGACUCGAGCUCAGCAGUGAGCCGAAUAGGGGUUGAUAAUGAUGAAUGAUGAUAGUAUAUCAAGAUUCAUAAUGUUAUUAAUAUAAAAUAAUACAAUCAACAUUAUAAAAUUAAAAUUACAAAAAUAAUAGAAGUGUUAACUUUAAUAACGAAUCCAUCUUUUUUUGCCAAAUUAAUAAAUUAUAUAAUUUGACAAGUAUUAUCAGACGAAAUAAAAUAGACAUAGUGUGUACCCGCGGAUAUUCCCGCGAAUAUUUCUGGUCAAUCUAUAAAAGAAGUACCCAUACGAUAUUGUCUAUAUAUAAUAUAUACCCACCCUAUACAAUCUUAUUAUAUUUUGAUUUAUAUACAUUAACUUGAUCAGGCAAAUGCUUCAGACUUAUUAUAUAAACUUAUUAUGUAAAUUUCUAUUUACGAUAACAGUGUUCUAUACAAUUAAUUAUACAAGAUUUUUUUGUAAGUUUAUACGAAAACAAACAAUCUUUGAUCCGUCUUUUUAUGUAUUUACAUAAAAGAAGAUUUAUGAUCUAGAAUCUAGAUCAAACAAUUUACUGUCCCUAUAAUAUUCCGAUUAUUGAGAAAAAAUUUAAAAGUACUUUAUUAUUAUUUACCAUCGAUGAUUUUUAACCGAUUUCAAAAAUGAUGAGGUUCUCUAUUUGUUUAUAAAUAUCACCAUAAGCCGUCUGAGAUGGUAAUAUAAUUUUAAUAUAUAAUUUUAGGAAGUAAGCAGUUUGUUUAAUGAUUAUUAUCACUGGUUUUUACGGGUCUAAUCCAAUUUUGAUUAAACCGAACCCUGACUUUUCGGUUAUAAAGUUUUUACAUUUUUACCCCGUUACAUCCAAGACUAAUUGAAAUAUUAACCACCAAAAGGAAGUAUUUAUUAUAUUUAUACCUACAACAUAUUUUCCGACACAAAAUAUAAAUGCCAUAAUAUGUAUAAGUAAGGUCUAAAAAUUAAGUUUCACAAUGAAAAUUGUUUGACUGAGAAAUCUAAUAUUUAGUGUUGUCUAUUGAUAUUUUGGAAACGACUACAUUUUUGUCACUCAUUUCAAUUCCAAAUUAAUUAUAUUUAUAAAGUUAAACCUUACUUUUAAAACUAGUACCUUUAUUUUUAUAUAAAUGCUUAAAUUGUGCUUGCGUCUACAAAAACGUUACAGUUUUUCAGAUUUAUUUAUUUUUAUUUAUUUUUUCAGAUUUAUUUUAUUUUUAUAUUUAUGAUUUUGCUAACGUUGUUUAUACAAUUAGGAUUUUAGUACCAUAGGAUAGUACUUAAAAAUAUAUAUUCUGCUUAGAAAUGUGUGUGAAAAUGUCGUUAUUUCCAAAGGUUUAGUGUUAUAUUCUUUUUUGUAAGUGUUACUAAAUUAUUUUAUUGUUGUAGAUUUCUCGUUUGAAGAAUUUUCGUUUUUUUUUUUAAAUUACAAAAAAUAUUGUGCAAAAUGUGUGCCAAUACAAUUGUAUCGAGGUGUCUAUCUAGAUUUUUUUAGGUGAAAUAUAAAUAAUAUAAAGAAUCCUUUAUAGUAUUCCUUCUAGUUAAUAAGUUAUUUAUAUUUUUGUUAAUAUAAACUUAUUAUUAAUCUUGUA